ACGGAGUGGUGACAGUAGUGCGGGGGGGCACAUAUUCAUGGCUGAAUAGCAAAUAAGGUGGCGUGUAUGCAUUUGUAUUAGGUGCGGGUGGGGCUGGGGGGCAGUGCUGAUGCUGGAACCCCAGGUUCCCAGUCCCAUAAUAAUCUCCAUGGUUUCAAAUAACGGUCCGGGCCCCCAGACCCUCAUCUGUUUGUACUCUGGAGUGUCAUUCAAGCGAGGCACCACGUGACCACGGAGGCUGCGCCUCGCGCUCCGGCAUCCCCGGCGGGGGAGCGAAGGGGGCCAUUUCACACACGUUUUCUCCACCCCUCAGUGCAGGGGGGGGGGGUAAAAGGGAAAAAGAAAGGAAGGUGGUUUGUGGACGGACGGAGUUCGGACCGGGGAGCCGGCGCGCAUGUGGGACUAAAGGCACUUAAAACAAAGACUCUCCUUAUGCAGCGAAUCUUUCUCCUCGACAUAUAGGUGCCGAGCCUCGGAUAUCCUCCCUCCUUUUUUUUUUUUUUUUUGCUUUUUCAUAUCAUGGAUGCAGCGUAAUUGAGAAUUAAUUUCCUUCAUGUGGCCCCGUUAAAAGAGAGAGUACAAACUACUCGACUGCAGUGCCGAGACGUCCUGUGUGAAGCGUCCUUCGCCAUCCUCGUCGUGGGGGGCUCGGCUCUCCAGCCGGGGCCGAAGGUUGCCCGAGAUCAUGUGGUCUCCCUGCCGUCUAGCCUGCUUGCUGCUGCCCCCGGCGAUCCUGCUCCUGUCCAGCUGCCAUGCCUUAUCCGCCCCGCGGUUCACGAAGCUGCCCGUUGACCAGAUCGGCGUGUCCGGGGGCGUCGUCUCCUUCGUCUGCCAGGCCACAGGGGACCCCAAACCCCGCGUGAACUGGAUAAAGAAAGGGAAGAAGGUCAACUCCCAGCGUAUCGAGACCAUCGAGUUCGACGAGGGCGCCGGGGCAGUGCUGCGAAUCCAGCCACUGCGUGCCCCGCGGGACGAGAACACCUACGAGUGCAAGGCGGAGAACAGCGAGGGCGACGUCACCAUCACCGCCAAGCUCUCCAUCAUCCGAGAGGACCUGCUGCCGCCCGGCUUCCCCAACAUCGACAUGGGCCCCCAGCUGAAGGUGGUGGAACGCACACGCACCGCCACCAUGCUGUGUGCUGCCAGCGGUAACCCCGACCCCGAGAUCACCUGGUUCAAGGACUUCCUACCUGUCGACCCCGGCUCAAGUAACGGGCGAAUCAAACAGCUGCGGUCAGGUGCCCUCCAGAUAGAAAACAGCGAGGAGACCGACCAGGGGAAGUACGAGUGCGUGGCAUCCAACAAAGAAGGCGUUCGCUACUCCUCCCCCGCCAACCUAUACGUGAGAGUCCGGCGUGUGCCCCCUCGUUUCUCAAUCCUGCCCACUAAUCAUGAGAUCAUGCCGGGCGGCAGCGUCAACAUCACCUGCGUGGCGGUGGGCUCCCCGAUGCCCUACGUGAAGUGGAUGCUCAACGAUGAGGAUCUCACCCCGGAGGACGAGAUGCCUGUGGGCCGCAACGUGCUGGAGCUCAACAGCGUGCGCGAGUCGGCCAACUACACCUGCGUGGCCAUGAGCAGUUUGGGCAUCAUCGAGGCUGUGGCCCAGAUCAUUGUCAAGUCACUGCCAAAGCCCCCAGGCACCCCAGUGGUCACAGAAACCACAGCAACCAGCAUCACCAUCACCUGGGACUCGGGGAACCCCGAUCCCGUCUCUUACUACAUCAUCCAGUACCGCGCCAAGGCCCCCGACAGCAAAUUCGAGACUAAGGAUGGCAUCACCACCACUCGCUACAGCAUCGGGGGACUGUACCCCAACACUGAGUACGAGAUCCGGGUGUCGGCCUUCAACGCCAUUGGACAGGGCCCACCCAGCAAUCCAGUGGAGGCUCGGACAGGAGAACAAGCCCCCGCUAGCCCACCCCGGAACGUGCAUGCCCGUAUCAUUUCCCAGAAUACUAUGAUGGUGCGCUGGGACGACCCAGAGGAGCCCAACGGACAAAUCAAGGGGUACCGGGUCUACUAUACUAUGGACCCAUCUCUACCUAUGAGCCAGUGGCAUAUCCACAACGUGCAGCAGAGCUUUAUGACGACUGUGCAGAGCCUCACCCCAUCCGAAACAUACACCAUCCGCGUCCUGGCCUUUACCUCCGUGGGCGACGGUCCUUUCUCUGAGCCCAUACACGUCAAGGUGCUGCAGGGAGUUCCCGGUCAGCCCACCAAGUUUCAAGUGGGCAAGGUGACGGAGACGAGCGUCGAGCUGACCUGGGAGCCUGCCUACGAUAAGGAGGGCAUCAUCAGCCAUGAGCUGGUUUACAAAGAGGGCAAGUCUGGCACCCAGAUGAAAAAGCAAUUUGCUCCCACCUCCUCGUAUGUAGUGGAGGGUCUACGUGCAAACACGGAGUACUCCUUCUCCCUCGCCGCCGUCUCCAGCAAAGGCAUCGGCGCCUUCACCAACGAAAUUGUCCAGAAGACGUCUCAAGCCAAGCCCUCCGCCCCCCCCCAAGACAUUAAGUGCAGCAGUUCCAGCUCCACCACUUUGCUGGUAAGUUGGCGGCCUCCCCCCAAGGAGAGCCAGAAUGGCGCCCUGGCCGGGUACACAGUCCGCCACCGGGUGGCGGGGGCCGAAGCUGGCGGCGAGCCCACCGAGGAGCCCCCAGUGCCCCCCGCCGAGGGACAACUCCUGCUACAGGGCUUGGAGAAGUGGACCCAGUACGAAGUCACUGUGGCCGCAUUCACCAACAAGGGACCUGGACCGGAGAGCCCACCCCUGCUGUGUCGCACCGAUGAGGAUGUUCCCGGGGCGCCCCCACGCCGUGUUGAGGUGGAAGUGCUCAACUCCACAGCAGUGAAGGUGAUGUGGCGCUCCCUACUGCCAGGACGGCAACACGGCCAGAUCCGGGGCUACCAGGUGCACUAUGUCCGUGUGGAAAAUGACGACUCGCGCAGCCUGCCGCGUAGCCUCCCGCGCAUCAAGGACGUCAUGCUGGCUGACGCCCAGUGGGAGACGGACGAAACGGCUGAAUAUGAGAUGAUCAUUGGGGGUCUGCAACCCAACACCUCCUACUCCAUCACCGUGGCAGCCUACACCACCAAAGGGGAUGGCGCACGCAGCAAGCCCAAAGUCGUGGUGACCAAAGGAGCAGUCCCCGGCCAACCCUCCCUGUCAGUCAGUCAAGGGAUGGGGAAUAUGGCGGUGGUGCGAUGGCAGCCACCAAAAGUGGGCACCCCCGGCUCAGAGGUACAGGGCUACCGGCUACAGUUUGGACGCAAGGAUGUGAGCCCUCUGGCUACACUGGAGUUCACGUCUCAGGAGCAGGAGUACAUCAUGGAUAACGUGCACCGGGGUGCCACUUACGUCUUCCGGCUGUCCGCUAAGGGUCGUUCCGGCUUUGGCGAGGAGGCCUUGAGGGAACUGACCGUCCCGGAGGAGGUUCCCAAAGGCUACCCCCAGAUCUCAGAGGGCUCCAACGUCACCUGCUGCUCGGUGCAGUUCUUCUGGCUUCCCCCAGUGCUGGCGGAGCGCAACGGCGUGAUCACUGAGUACACCGCGGCCUUCAAGGAGGCGGGCACCUCCAGUGUCCCCCGUGAACUGACUCUCCCAGCCAGCGAGUCUAGCUACACGCUCAGUGGCCUCCAGCCCAACACAGCGUACGACGUGAAAAUCCGUGCGCACACCAGUGUAGGUCCAGGGCCCUACAGCCCCACGGUCCAGUAUCGUACGGUGGCCUUCGAGACAGGCGUCCCAAAAAAUUUCUCGGUGAAGAUGGUGACUAAGACAACGGUGCUGCUGACCUGGGAAUUUCCGGAGACACGCAGCUUGUACCGCUUCACGGUGGAAUACAAGAUGGACGCUGACGCCAAGACAAGGAAGCUGGAAGUGGACGCCCGGCUGAGGAAGGCGCAGAUCACCGGCCUGCGGCCCAACACGACCUACGACUUCAAGAUCACCAGCCCGGAGGGCAACAUGGGCGGCCUGCGACACCGCAUCCAUGCCAAGACUGCCCCCUCCAUAUCGGUCCGCAAGCCAGAGCUCGACCACAACCGCGACACCGAUGCCAGCCUCACCAUUAUCUUUCCCCCACUCGAGAUACGUGACUCGAUCAGGUACAUCUACGUGGUGGUGGUGCCUCUGAAGAAGUUUAGGGGGCAUACUCCACACAUGAAGAGCCCUGAAGAGAUGGACCUAGACGAGCUGUUCAGGGAUGGUCAGAAACGCAGCACGCGGGUCACGCGGCAGCGUCGGCACGCGGACCCCAACAAACCAUACAUCGCCGCCUGCUUCAGGCCUGCCAGCCUGCCCUCCUUCUUCACCUUGGGCGACCAGAUGGAGUACAGUGGCUAUGAGAACCGGCCCCUGGAGCCCGGGCAGGAGUACGUCUUCUUCCUGCUGGCGGAGCUAAACGCGACAUCUGGGAAGAUGUUCGUGGCCAGCCCCUUCACGGAAUCAGCAGUCGCACCGGACAUAGACCCACAGCCCAUCGAGGGCGGAGACGGCCUUAUUUGGGUGGUGGGACCUGUGCUGGCCGUAGUCUUCAUCAUCUGCAUCGUCAUCGCCAUCCUGCUAUAUAAGAACAGCAAACCUGACAGCAGCAAACGGAAGGACUCAGAACCACGGACCAAAUGUCUGCUGAACAACGCCGAAAUCGUGGCACACCAUCCUACUGACCCCGUGGAGAUGAGGCGCAUCAACUUCCAAACCCCAGGCAUGAUGAGCCACCCCCCCAUCCCCAUCGCCGACCUAGGGGAGCACACGGAGAUGCUGAAGGCCAAUGACAACCUGAAGCUGUCGCAGGAAUACGAGUCCAUCGAUCCUGGGCAACAGUUCACCUGGGAACACUCCAACCUGGAGGUGAACAAGCCCAAGAAUCGCUACGCCAACGUAAUCGCCUACGACCACUCCCGCGUCGUCCUUCUGCCCAUCGAAGGCAUCAUGGGAAGCGACUACAUCAAUGCCAACUACAUUGACGGCUACCGCAAGCAGAAUGCCUACAUCGCCACGCAGGGCCCGCUGCCCGAGACCUUUGGUGACUUCUGGAGGAUGGUGUGGGAACAGCGGGCGGCCACCGUGGUCAUGAUGACGCGGUUGGAGGAGAAGUCGAGGGUCAAGUGUGACCAGUACUGGCCCGGUCGUGGCACCGAGACCUACGGGAUGAUCCAGGUGACGCUGUUGGACACCAUUGAACUGGCCACUUUCUGCCUGCGCACCUUCUCUCUACACAAGAAUGGCUCGAGUGAGAAGCGGGAAGUGCGGCAAUUCCAGUUCACGGCGUGGCCUGACCACGGAGUGCCUGAGUACCCCACCCCAUUUCUGGCCUUCUUGCGGAGGGUGAAGACCUGCAACCCGCCAGACGCCGGACCCAUAAUCGCCCACUGCAGCGCCGGCGUGGGUCGCACAGGCUGCUUCAUCGUCAUCGACGCCAUGCUGGAGCGCAUCAAGCACGAGAAGACGGUGGACGUGUACGGGCACGUGACGCUGAUGCGCUCGCAGCGUAACUACAUGGUGCAGACAGAGGACCAGUACAGCUUCAUCCACGACGCGCUGCUGGAGGCGGUCGCCUGCGGCAACACCGAGGUGCCCGCCCGCAGCCUCUACUCCUACAUCCAGAAGCUGGCGCAGGUGGAGAGCGGAGAGCACGUCACCGGGAUGGAGCUGGAGUUCAAGCGCCUGGCCAACUCCAAAGCCCACACAUCCAGAUUCGUUAGCGCCAACCUCCCCUGCAACAAGUUCAAGAACCGGCUGGUGAACAUCAUGCCCUACGAGACGACGCGCGUGUGCCUGCAGCCCAUCCGCGGUCUGGAGGGCUCCGACUACAUCAACGGCAGCUUCAUAGACGGAUACAGGCAGCAGAAGGCCUACAUCGCCACACAGGGCCCCCUGGCAGAGACCACCGAGGACUUCUGGAGGAUGCUGUGGGAGAACAACUCCACCAUCGUGGUGAUGCUGACCAAGCUGCGAGAGAUGGGCCGCGAGAAGUGCCACCAGUAUUGGCCCGCGGAGCGUUCUGCCAGGUACCAGUACUUUGUGGUGGAUCCCAUGGCCGAGUACAACAUGCCCCAGUACAUCCUACGGGAGUUCAAGGUCACCGACGCUAGGGACGGCCAGUCCAGGACGGUGCGGCAGUUCCAGUUCACUGAUUGGCCGGAGCAGGGCGUGCCCAAAUCCGGGGAGGGCUUCAUUGACUUCAUCGGCCAGGUGCACAAAACCAAGGAGCAGUUCGGGCAGGAUGGCCCCAUUAGCGUCCACUGCAGUGCGGGUGUUGGCCGGACCGGCGUCUUCAUCACGCUCAGCAUCGUGCUGGAGAGGAUGCGCUACGAAGGUGUGGUGGACAUAUUCCAGACGGUGAAGAUGCUGCGGACACAGCGGCCAGCUAUGGUCCAGACAGAGGAUGAAUACCAGUUUUGCUACCAGGCAGCUCUGGAGUACCUAGGAAGCUUUGAUCACUAUGCAACGUAAAAGAAAAAAAAAAAGAAAAAAAAGUCAUCACUAAUUCCACCGUCCCCCUCUACAGUCUUCUGAGCCAUAGAAA